GGAGGGACAGGCGUGUGAAGAGAGAGGGAGGGACAGGCGUGUGAAGAGAGAGGGAGGGACAGGCGUGUGAAGAGAGAGGGAGGGACAGGAGUGCGAAGAGAGAGAGGGACAGGAGUGUGAAGAUAGAGAGAGGGACAGGAGUGUGAGAAAAGCGAGCGAGAGGCAGGAGUGUGAAGAGCGAGAGAGAAGGAGUGUGAGAAAAGAGAGGGACAGGAGUGUGAAGAGAGAGGGAGGGACAGGAGUGUGAAGAGAGAGGGAGGGACAGGAGUGUGAAGAUAGAGGGAGGGACAGGAGUGUGAGGAAAGCGAGCGAGAGGCAGGAGUGUGAAGAGCGAGAGAGGAGUGUGAGAAAAGAGAGGGACAGGAGUGUGAAGAGAGAGGGAGGGACAGGAGUGUGAAGAGAGAGGGAGAGGGACAGGAGUGUGAAGAGAGAGAGGGACAGGAGUGUGAAGGGAGAGGGACAGGAGUGAGGAGAGAGUGAAAAGCAGGAGUGUGAGAAGAGAGAGAGGGGGACAUGAGUGUUAGAAGAGAGAGAGGGACAGGAGUGUGAGGAGAGAGAGAGAGAGGGACAGGAGUGUGAGGAGAGAGAGAGAGGGACAGGAGUGUGAGGAGAGAGAGGGACAGGAGUGUGAGGAGAGAGAGAGGGACAGGAGUGUGAGGAGAGAGAGGGACAGGAGUGUGAGGAGAGAGAGAGAGGCAGGAGUGUGAGGAGAGAGAGAGGCAGGAGUGUGAGGAGAGAGAGAGGCAGUGUGAGAAGAGUGAGAGGCGUGAGAGAGGUCACAAUGAGAGGAGAGCAGUGAAUUGAAUGACUCUGAAAGAUGGGAUGUGUAACUCAGGGAAAGAGUUAAACAUAGACUGACUUCACCAUUGAAAUGAAAACAGACAUCCUUGGGGGUGUAGUAGACUGUGACGAAUCAUUGAGAAUUAUGGGAAAGUAGUAAGGGAAUUUUACAUCAGACAGAAACAGUGGAAGAGACUGAAGACACAACAAGGUGAUCAGAGCGCCUGGUCUCCUGCCUUGUACUGUCCAUACUGUCACCAUGCCAGAUACCAACUACUUACGCUCUGUGUCCUGGGGAUACAUCAAGUUCAAGAGAAUGUUGAACCGUGAGCUGACACACUUGUCUGAGAUGAGCCGUUCCGGGAACCAGGUUUCAGAGUAUAUUUCCAACACCUUUCUCGACAAACAAAACGAUGUGGAGAUCCCGUCCCCUACGCAGAAGGAACGAGACAAGAAGAAGAAGCAGCAGACGAUGUGCCAAAUCAGUGGCGUUAAGAAGCUCACGCACAGCUCCAGCCUGACCAACUCUACAAUACCUCGUUUCGGAGUGAAGACUGACCAGGAGGAACCUCUUGGCAAGGAACUGGAUAAUUUAAACAAGUGGGGCCUUAACAUCUUCCGAGUGGCAGAAUAUUCCAAUAACCGUCCUCUGAGCUGUAUAAUGUUCACCAUAUUUCAGGAGAGAGAGUUGUGUAAGAUCUUUAAGAUACCUGUGGAAACCCUAAUCACGUACAUGAUGACCUUAGAAGAUCACUACCAUGCCGAUGUGGCGUACCACAACAGCUUACACGCCGCAGACGUCACACAGUCCACUCACGUGCUGCUCUCCACGCCGGCAUUGGAUGCGGUGUUUACGGAUCUGGAGAUCUUAGCUGCGAUAUUUGCGGCCGCUAUUCAUGAUGUGGAUCAUCCCGGAGUUUCCAAUCAGUUUCUUAUUAAUACAAAUUCAGAGCUGGCGUUAAUGUACAAUGAUGAGUCUGUGCUGGAGAACCAUCACCUGGCUGUGGGGUUUAAGCUCCUGCAGGAGGAGAACUGUGACAUCUUCCAGAACCUGACGAAACGCCAACGCCAGACAAUGAGGAAGAUGGUGAUCGACAUGGUCCUGGCAACUGACAUGUCCAAACACAUGAGCCUGUUAGCCGACCUGAAGACUAUGGUGGAGACCAAGAAAGUGACCAGUUCUGGUGUGUUGCUGCUAGAUAAUUACACAGACAGGAUGCAGGUCCUCCGUAACAUGGUGCACUGUGCCGAUCUCAGCAACCCAACCAAACCGCUGGAACUGUAUCGUCAGUGGACGGAUCGUAUCCUGGAGGAGUUCUUCAGACAGGGAGACAAGGAGCGGGAGAGGGGGAUGGAGAUCAGCCCCAUGUGUGACAAGCAUACGGCCUCUGUGGAGAAAUCACAGGUCGGCUUCAUAGAUUACAUUGUCCACCCUCUGUGGGAGACCUGGUCGGACCUCGUUCACCCGGACGCUCAGGACAUCCUUGACACUUUAGAGGACAACAGGGAUUGGUACCAGGGUAUGAUACCUCAGAGUCCCUCUCCACCACCCGAUGACCAUGACAAAGAUGAGGAUGGCUGCAUUGGCAAGUUUCAGUUUGAGCUGACUUUGGAGGAAGAGGCAGAGGAGUCCGAUAAGGACAGAAACAGUGGCAUUGAGGAAGAAGAGGAUCCUCCACAGACCUCUGUAAUCCCGGAGCACCAGCCGGACACCGAGGAGGAUGCCACGACACAGGACGGACACGUAGAACAGACUGACGAUAGUAACACGUCCCCUGUGGAGUCCUGAACUUUGCUGACCUAAAACUUUCAGACGUUAUUUAACACACACAGAACUGUUUUAAACAGAGAUCAAAAUGUGGUUUAUUUCCAAUUGCAUAUUUAUUUAUUUUUUGCCUUUUUUUUUGUAACUCAUUUUUUUUUUAUUGUUUUAUUUUUAUUUUUUUUAUUCUCAAGGGGAACAAACACAUUACUGUAGAUUAUUCAGAUACUUUGCACAGAAUAGGAGUUUGUUGCCAUAAGAAAGUUACAACACACUCUACAAAACAAACUUGUUUUAUUUUUAAUACUUUUUUCUAAAUAAGUGUUUUUGGGGGUUUUUGUUUGUAUUUUUCCCCUUCUCAGAUAUGUUCUUCUUUCCCUUUUCAAACGGAUGCAACGAGGAAACAGAGUUUUCAUUUUUUGUGUUUGCGCAUCGCAGUGAUAAGCCAUUUUUUUUCCAGGGGAAAAAAUGAACAAAACAAAACCCCCGUCAUGAACUCAAUAGAUUUAACACAUGAUUUUUACUUUAUUUCAUACCUGUGGAAUGUCAUUUUUUUAUUAUUAAUACUAUUUUUUUUUUUUUAUAAAACUGAAAAAGGAAAUCCUGUCAGCUCGCUCCUGUGGAUGUUUCUUUUUCUGGGAGCAACGUAGGAAUACAAGAACUGUGGAAAAUGAGGGGUGUGCCUUUGAUGUAUGUGUUUUUAUUUCUGUGUCUUUCGUUGUCAGGCGAACGGCGCUCCUGUGGCAAAGGCUUCUGGGUAAACAAGCAUCAGUGCUACAAGGUCACAGGUACAAUGUGACAGCUGAUGUGUGUGCACGAUGGGCUGAGUCUCCUGGGUGGUAUAUUGUAGAAGUAAAUGUUCUGCAAGAAAGGAAGGCACGAUCUGUUGCCCUCUGUUUGGUAGCCAAACGGUAAACGAAUGUGGAAUCCUUUAGCCUCCAACAGACAUGUCUUUUUUUGGUAAAGAAAAGAAAAACUGAAAAAAAUUUAAUUUUAUUUAAGUCUACCUUUAAUCUCUAAAUAUAGAUAUAGCUAUAUAUAUAUAUAUAUAUAUAUAUAUAAUAUAUAUUUUCUAAAUGCUUAUAAUUUAUUGAUCGCCUUCUCAUGAGAUCCACAUUGACGCCAUAGAUUUAUGGGGGGAGAAAAAGGACUAACAGAUGGGGAACGGAAGGAUUACCCGUGCAGGAGCCUCGGGCAACCUGACUGGAAGUCUUUACUCAGCUCCCCAUCUUUCUUUGCACCUCCUGGCAAUACAUUCACAGCAGUGCAGGUUUUAUUUUGGAGAACAAGUGAGCUGCAAAAAGGGCAGGGGAGGAAAGAAAGAAAAAAUAGAAUACAAUAUUUUUUACUUUCCUCUGGUAUUUUUAUUUUUUUCCUUUGCUUUUGUUUUAUAUGUUACAUGUUGUUGUUGUUGUUGUUGUUUUUAUAUUGACCUAUUUAUUUUUGUUGCCAAAUACUUGCAUAUGUGUAAGGCUGCAUCUAUGGAAGAUGGAGAUAUAAAAAGGAAUUCCUGUUUCCCUCCGUUCAUUAGUAGUUUCUACACGCAAACGGUGGGGGGGAUUGAGAAUCAGUUGCCAUGGGUUACAGCAGCCGUCUCUUGUGCUUCAGUUCUAGCAAAGGCCUCGGAGUCAUUGUUCCAUUCUAGAGUCCAGUGUCACUUAUUCAUUUGCAGUGAGGUUUGGUCAUUUUAAUGGGGUGAUAGAUCAUAUACUGUUAUUUCCUAGAGCUAUCCCCCCCCCCUCCCCCCCAACCUUGUAAUUUAGAACAACCAAUUAGGUAUCUACUCCUUAUAAUCUUACCCAAUUGUGCAGAUGAGGUUUCUACGCUAAUUGGCAUAUUGUACAAGGUGACUCAUGCCUCACUGAUGACCCCAAUGAAGUAAAAGGAUGGAAUGUAACCGCCGCCCGUGAGAAACCGCAAUAUAUGCAUAUUUAUUUCUCGUUAUCUGCCUUAAGUUCAAGUGUUUUGCGUAGUCCUAGGGAUCAUUAUGUGUGUUACGUCUGUUUGUACGUGUAUGGGCAGGCCAGGGUGAGAGGAAUAAUCAAAACCUUUUGUUUUAUGAUCACCUGACAAUGUCUGUUUAUCUGUAAUCUUACAUCUGCUUGCACCCUUCCAAAGAUUAUCACCACAGAGCAGUGUAUGUAGUUACUGUCACUGGUACGUAGCCCCCAAGGACCUUUUUUGUGCUGGUAUGUUGACGCAACAUGAUGCAGUAUGAAGAGGAUUCUCUUGCCAUUACACAGGGACAAUUUGUUACUGUGAGACAGGACAAAAAUGCCUACGCAUGGGUUUUAAACAGUAAUCCUGGGCGAGUACUCUUCUUAACUGUGUCAUUUUACAUGUUAUUUCAAGGUGUGAGGGCAGUUUCUAGCAGGCAGUACAUUUUGCAGCAAAAAAGUGCUCCUGACUGACAACUGUACUGUGAAGUUGGUUAAGACACUCCCUUCCCUACUAUACUGAAAAUGGCUGUUUCCGCUGAAAGUAAUCUAAAUGAGCCAAGCACAGUAAAGCUAAAAGGCGGGGCUGACAACUACACUAGCGGUUUGGUUGUCAAGUAGUACUUUUGAUGUAGUUAGAAAGCUGUGUAAUUAUGAAAGAACUAUUUAGGAUAUACUUCAAAAGUCCAAAUACUUCAGCCAGCAAUGUAUUGUGGGAUAGAUACAGGCAUCCAAUAGGGGUCUCAGUAUGAAAGGUCUACAGUUUGCACUUUAUGUACCCCUUAAGAUAUAUACAAUAGUCUUUGCAGUGACACUAACCUGUAUUAAGGAAUGAUCAGCCAUUCUCUUUUGUUCAAGACGUCCAACAAUUCAUCCUGCAGCUAACAGUCCAUGAUAACAAUUCCUAAGAGCGAGUGAAUGUGCAUUUUGCUUUAAAUGAAACCCGUGAACAUGUAUGUGUGUAUAGAAGCUGACACUUUCAUGUUUAUAGACUUGUCCCAUAGUGAAUUUUUGAGGGUAAUAAUAUGAGCCCUCAUUCAUGUCACCUAGUGACCAGAGCCGUGGCAUCUCAUCAUUAUAUACAUAACGUGUGAUAGAGUUCUUCAGCUAACAAGCAAAGUGAGACUGAAGCCAGCAAAGUUUCAAAGGGCUAAAUGGGAACGAUCAGGGUUCUGAGUGUAACGCCAGACUGAUGGGUGAUUACUGCCAGAUUAUGGCGGAAAUCUUUGACCGAAUCGCUCAGGCAUUACUCCAAAUUUGGACUCAAGAUUAGCUACAACAAUGUCAAAGCACUUGGUCAAAAUGACACCCCAAAACGUACACAACAGCAAACCUGCUUUCUGUCUGUUCCCCACCGCCGGCACUACUUCAUUCUCUACUCACAAGUAGGUUCCUCAUCGCGAUCACUACUUCAUUCUCUACUCACAAGUAGUUCCCUCACCGUGGUCACUACUUCAUUCUCCACUCACAAGUAGGUUUCUCACCGCGGUCACUACUUCAUUCUCUACUCACAAGUAGUUCCCUCACCGUGGUCACUACUUCAUUCUCCACUCACAAGUAGGUUUCUCACCGCGGUCACUACUUCAUUCUCUACUCACAAGUAUGUUCCUCACCGUGGUCACUACGUCAUUCUCUACUAACAAGUAGGUUCCUCACCUCGGUCACUACUUCAUUCUCUACUCACAAGUAGGUACCUCUUCAUGGUUACUACUUCAUUCUCUAUUCACAAGUAGGUUCCUCAUCGCGGUCACUACUCCAUUCUUUACUCACAAGUAGGUUCCUCACCACUGGCACUACUUCAUACUCAACUCACAAGUAUUAAAGUCAGAUAGAACCUUUUCUGUCAUCUCCUUGCACAAGACACAGCUUUAAUGUAGGGAUCAGAGCACCGAUUCGUCCAUUUAUGGGUAACAUCUUGAUGACACACCUCAGUCCUAGACUCAACUGAACUGAAGGCAUUUUUUUUUAAAUAUAUAUUAAUGCACUAUUACUAUUAAUAUGAACUUUUUUUACUUUGUCAGAGAGAGACCAGGCUUUCAGGUGGCAUCUGAGUCACGUUUAUAUUUGCAAUAUCACGAUCCGCUCUGAUGUUCUAUGUUUCUUGAAUGGUGUAGUGUUGGGGUUGUUGCCUUUCUUUUCACUUGCCAUAUUUUAUUAAUGUGUAAUAUUUGAAGCAAUCAGGUUACAGGGAAACCUUCACCACAAGUGGAAAGGCUGUGACGUCUCCUCAUUGUCAUCUGUGGGGUGCUGUGUCAUUGUCCCACGUUAAUAAGCAAAGGUCCUGGUGAAAAUGUUUAUUUGUUAGGAAGAUGGAUGAACAAAAAAAAAAAAAAGAUGAAAUGCCAUUUCUGUACACAGUACUGUAGCAAUUGUUUUUCUAUUUUAGCCAUCAUAUAAUUAAACUCCUGCAGCCCCGGAGGGACUUGACGACAUUGCAUAUCGAUGGCCUCCCUGGGGCUGUUGGGAGUUUGCCCCCCUGCUCUGCUGGACAGGAGAGAGCUUCUAUUUAUCCUAUAUCCAGCAGUGGAGGGGUUAAGCCUCAAUCGAAUCCUUUAACGGUUCUUGUACAGUUUUUAUUUUUUAUUCUGUUUUGCGCGUGGUUGGUUUAAAAUAAACGAAUAAAAACAAAAUGGAUAAAAGACGAAAAUAAAGUGAUUUUUUUUUUUUUUGUACAUACUGUAAUGUUAAGAUUGUACAUUUAUUCUAUGGGUGGGCCCCUCCGGUUUGAGAGGUGCUGACACAGUCAAUGCUCCUGGUGAGACAUAUAGCUGCAUUCUCUGUAUAUUUAUAUGGUGUAAUAUAGACAAAUUGUAGAGUCGUUAUUUCCGAGAUUGUUGUAUUACAUUGCACUGUUCUCUGUACCUUACCAAAUCAUGAAUUACAGCUUCUGAACAGAACCAUGACAAAGCCCUGUGUCUGUUUCACUUCCACGUGUGUUAUAUGAUAAACUUGUGUGCUUACACUUGCUUUUACCGAA